CCGUUGGGCUUCUUGUAUAUCCCAAGUCGAGAAGUAUCCUUAUCCCACUAACUAGUUUUGCAGAGUACCACAGAAUAAGUGUCCUUUUACUUCACCAACAUGAUAAUCUUGCAGUUCUUGCUUUUGCUGUUAAGAGUUGUUGCAUCUCUUUCUCUUAAUUCAACCCAACCACGAUGCCAUGCAAAUGAGAGAUCUGCCUUAUUGGAGUUCAAGGCAACCUUUUUCACAAAAAGGCCUCCUUGUUGUGAUGAAUCAUCGGAUAAGCAUGUGAAGCUUGAAUCUUGGAAAGCAAUCGGGGAAACUACGAGCAAUUGUUGUGAUUGGGAUGGUGUUGAGUGUGAUGAGGCGAGCGGUCACGUGAUUGGCCUCGACCUCAGUUGCAGUUGUCUCACCGGUUCCAUCAACUCCAGCACCGCCAGCAUCCUCAGUCUAGUUCACCUACAAAGCCUUAACCUCGCUUUUAAUGGCUUCAAUUUCUCUCAGGUACCACUUGAAAUUGGAAACCUCGGCUCUUUGCGUGAAUUGAAUUUGUCCAACUCCAAUUUCAUAGGCCACAUCCUAACUUCACUGGGCAACUUGACCCAACUCACUCAUCUAGACCUCUCAUUUAAUGCAUUCUUCGGUUCAGUCCGAUCAAUUGAAAAUCUAACUUUACUUGCUCAUUUAGACCUGAGUAUAAAUUCAUUCAGCGGUAAAAUCCCAUCAAUUUUAGGACGUUUUGCUCGACUUAAGCAUUUGGAUCUUGGCAGUAAUGAUUUGACAGGUAAAAUUCCAUCUUUUCUAGGAAACCUUACCAAACUGAACUAUUUAAGUUUGGUAGGGAAUGAACUCAUGGGUGAAAUUCCAUCCUCUCUACGGAGCUUCAUGCAGCUUACUUAUUUGGAUCUGAGCUUUAAUCAAUUGACAGGACAAAUCCCAUAUUUCUUAGGAAACCUUGUUCAGCUUACCAGUUUAGCUCUUUCCUCCAAUCGAUUGACUGGAGAAAUCCCAUCGUCUUUCCAAAACCUCCAAGAGCUUGAGUACUUAUUUUUAGACACAAAUGAAUUAGAGGGGGAAAUACCAACUUGGUUAGGUAGUCUGGCGCAGUUGGGUUAUAUUAACUUUUCAUUUAAUAGCUUCCACGGCUCAAUUCCAAGCACAAUCACUCACUUACAGAAUCUCGGCGUUCUUGAUCUAACUUCAAAUAAUUUAAGCGGCACAGUGGAGUUAGAUAUGUUUUCAAAGAUUGAAAGCCUCUUUGUACUUAAAUUAUCAUCCAAUAAUUUGUCGGUGAUGAUUAAACCCAACAUAUCAAAAAGAUAUUGGGUACUAGGUCUUGGUUCAUGCAACUUAAAUAGUUUCCCAGAGUACCUUCGUGGUCAAGAAGAUCUGUAUCAGCCAUUUAAAGAUCUGUAUCAGCUAGAUCUAUCCUACAACAAGAUCAGCGGUCAAGUGCCCGAAUGGUUCUUAAAUGUAAGCACAAAAGAGCUGGUGUAUUUGAACCUUUCUGGUAACUUCCUAACUAGUUUUGGACAGGAUCCCGUUACCUUCAAGUGGACAAAGCUUGUCAGUGCAGAUCUCAGGUUCAACCAGUUGCAAGGAUCACUUCCGAUUCCCCCUCCCAAAAUCUUGAACUACUACAUUUCAAACAACAGACUCUCUGGAGAAAUAUCGCCAGUUAUAUGCAAUCUAACCUCGAUUCGGAUGAUUGAUUUGUCCAAUAAUAACUUGACUGGGGUGCUUCCGCGGUGCUUGAGUAAUUUGAGUGGUUCUUUGGAAGUAAUGAGCCUACAAAGCAACGGCUUUAAUGGGAAAAUUCCUCAGUUGAAUGGGGACAACUGUGCAUUUCUCAUGAUUGAUCUGAGUUAUAAUGAAUUGAUGGGGCCACUGCCAAGAUCACUCCGUAAAUGCAAGAAUUUGGAGUUCCUGAGUUUUGGAAACAAUCAGAUUAGAGAUGUUUUUCCUUCGUGGUUGGGAUCACUUAUUGGCUUAAAGGUACUUGGAUUGCGACAUAACAGAUUUCAUGGACUAGUUGGGGAACCGACAGAUGGUUUUGAGUUCCCUAAGCUGCAAAUCAUUGAUCUUUCUCAGAACAAUUUGUCCGGUAGCUUGCCAUCCGGGUACUUCAAGCAGUGGACUGCCAUGAAAGUUUCUGAGAGAGUUCAAUCAGACUACAUAGGCAAUUUUAUCCAGGAAGCAAUGCCGUUCUUUCCAUCCUCAACCUUUGACUACUCUAUGAGGGUAAUUGUCAAAGGCAUCCAGACGAAUUACUCAAAGAUCCAAGAAUACCUCACAUUGAUUGAUCUCUCGAGCAACAACUUCAGCGGAGCGAUCCCCGAGACCAUCGGAAGCCUAAAGCAACUAGAAUUGCUCAACCUUUCCAACAACAUGCUCUCCGGUCCCCUACCUCCAUUCUUGGCAAACCUAACGAAUUUGGAAGCAUUGGACCUUUCUCAGAACCAGCUCUCCAGAGAGAUCCCUCAGGAGUUGACGCAACUCACUUCGCUUGCAGUCUUCAACGUAUCUUAUAACCGUCUAACUGGGCCUAUACCCCAAUCACGGCAGUUUUCUACAUUCGAAAACAACUCCUACAAGGGAAACUCGGGGCUAUGUGGCACUCCUCUGUCUAGAAAAUGCGGAGAUCCCAAAGCGUCACCGCCAUCAUCUCCAACGUCUGAAGAAGAUCCAGAUUAUGGAAGUGCAAUGAAAUUAGACUGGAAGAUCGUGUGCAUGGGGUAUGCAAGUGGGUUAGUGAUUGGAGUGGUCCUCGGGAGCAGCUUGAUCACAAGAAGAAGAGCUCAGAGCCUUGUGAAGAACUUUGGCAGAAGAAAACAAAGGCGAAGAAGGUAGAAGAGAUGGUCCGAAACCAAGGAAUACUCAACCGAAAUCUUUCAUCUUCUGUGUUUGAGUACCUGUAACUUUCUCUUAAGUUUUUCUCUUUUAGAUAUUAACUAGUCCAUAUGCAUUUUGAAUAAAGCAUUCUGUAA